AAAUUAGCCACGUCAUCAAGCCUAUCCAAAAUAUAUAAUUUUUUUUAUGGUGAGAGAAAAAUCCAUAUUUCCCUUUGUAGAAAGGUUUGAUGACGUAAAUACUAAAUUGAUCACUUCAACAUUUUUUCUUAGUUUCCAAGUCAAGAGUGACGUUUGUGAUGACGUUUACAUGUCCCAAUUGUUCAAUAUAGUACAAAUUUCAAAACCUCUCUUAAACCUCAAAAAAUAACACAAAUUUCAAAGCUAUACACAAAGGAGCCAAAAUUUUCAGUACUUAGAAAGCGUAUGAAGAUUGAUACCGUUUCUGGACAAAGGAAAUCACGCAAGAGACGCAGUGGUGGAAGAACUGACUCAGUGGAAGACACUCUUGAGAAGUGGAAGAACUACAACAGACAGCAACAACAAAAACUUGGUUGUAGAGGUAAUGGAGCUGAUAAGAUUCACAAAGUUCCUGCAAAAGGUUCAAGAAAAGGGUGCAUGAGAGGUAAAGGUGGUCCUCAGAAUUCUGAUUGCAAUUUCAGAGGAGUUAGACAGAGAAUUUGGGGUAAAUGGGUUGCUGAGAUUCGUGAACCAAUCAAUGGUAAACAUGUUGGUGAGAAAGCAAAUAGGCUUUGGCUUGGUACUUUCACUACAGCACAUGAUGCUGCUCUUGCUUAUGAUAAAGCAGCUAAGGCUAUGUAUGGACCUAGUGCUCGCUUGAACUUCCCUGAUGGAUCGCCAUCAUCAUCAAGCGGUGGUUCUGCAGAUUCAAUGAAUGGCGAGGAGGAUCUUGGAAAAGCUGAAGAGUUGGAGGGUAAUCUUCAUCAGUUUGAGGAAGAGAAUAAGAUUCUUUCUAAAGAUUUUGUUUCUGAUGAUGACUCGGUAGAGGAAUCAAAGGAAGUGAUGAUAGAUGGUACUGUCCAAUGUCCAACAAAUAAGAAAUGUAAGAAAAUGGUUCAUCAAAGGUCUUACAAGAAUGUCAAAUCUGAAACACAUGGAGAAAAUAAACGACUAGAGAGAGAAUUGGGGAAGGUUUUGGAGAAUUCUAGCCUGGAUGGAGAGUUUAAUCAUGUGCAGAAGGAGCCUAUGGAUGCAGGCAUGAACUCAGGAGCUGAUCGUAGAUCUUCUGAUAUAGCAGAUCUGGUGCAGAGUGAGGAAACAAUAAGAGGAUCACCGGAGGAUUUGAAAUCCUUUGAGUUGAGCUGCAGCAAUCAUUUCUUUGGAAACCAGCACAAUAUGCUUCCAGAUAGCAAUCCAAGAUCAAGUUCUGAGCAUUGUAACAUCAAAACCGAGGCUUCUCUUGCAAAGAAACACAAGAAGGAAGAAAAUGGACAUUUCUUAAGCCAUGCUCGGUCACAAAAUGAGCAAAAUAAAAAUGGAUAUUUUGAUGAAAUGGAAAGUGAGCUUAAGGGAUUGGAAUACAAGCUGGGAGGCCAAUCUAUUGAUUGCAAGAAUGAUGAGGCACAAAUAGUAGUACCUUACAUGCAGGGAAUUCAUCUGUUUGGUGGUGACAGUGUUGGACCAAUUGAAAGAAUGUCACAAGUUGAGGCUUUGAACAACAAUACUAAUAAAAACACUAAAUUGAAAGAGAAAGGAAGUAAUGGAAAUGCAUUUCAUGGACUUAGUUCAGGGCAAAGUAGGAAGCUGAGUGAUCUUUCUCAACAGUUGCAGAAAUUGGGUGGUUACUUGCCUGAAAAUUGGAAUAAUAUGCAGUUUGCAGAUCUUGAAGUUGGUUAUGAUUAUAGUUUCUUAAAACCUGAUUAUGAUUUUGGUUUAUUAGAAGAGAAGAAGUUACUUGAUAUAUGUUUUUCACAUAUAGGAUCUUGAAGUUCCUAUGUGCUUAUAAGGUUUUUGUUUUUCACUUUGGUGGGGUUAUUUAUAGGUCUUUUUUCCCUACCUUAGUGAUUCAAAUGAUACCAUGUAUCUGCUUUCUAUUCAGCAUCUCAGUCACUGUAAAGAUGCUCUGUACUAUGAAUUUUCCAUUGAGUUAUAUAUAAUUAUUACAAUUUA